UUAACUCUAUUUAGGCAAGAAUGAAAUCAAUAGCGAUUGUACUGAAAUUAAAGUGAAAUGUGAUUCAAAUUGUUAAAUGGGUUUCAUUAAUAUUGUUUAUUGUCUGAUGUAAAAAUGUUCAAUGAAUUGUAUUCGGAAAAAAGAACGUAGUGGAACGUUUCUCUAUGAAUACUCAACGAUUUCGUGUAAAAUCUCGAUUUCCUUACAUAAUUUAAGGAUUAGCAGAUGAACUAGUGAUACAGUGCUUCAAACAUGACCAUCCUACACAGUAGUUCCGGUCGGCCGUAUUGUACCACAGAUGCCAGGAUUCAGGCCGUACUUCCGCAGCUGUCAGAUCUCCGUUUGGUGGCGUUAACGAAGCAACUUUCCCGGAAUCGGAAACAGUUGUACCUUACCCAGGGUAACCUAGCAACGGAGCUCGUGCGGACUAAACAACAUAUCGAUCGAGAACAGAAACUCUCCGAUGAUCGACUUACAUCUAUAUCCACGCCGUACCGAAAGUCUCUAUUUCACGUCAGGGGAGUGCAGAAAUGUUUGGAAAGGCGUAAAACGGAUCUUAUUCUGGAUAACUCUAGUAAAAUGUUCGGAAAAUAUGGUGGUCUUGAAGUUAAAUCUCUGAAGAGUGAGAUAGACGUGAUCAUGAAAGAAUAUAGUUAUACGAACAUCAAAACACAACUGUGCAAGAAACUUUUAGCGGAUAGUAAAAGCGACGGCCGGAUAAUGAAUCCAAAUUCAUGUCUACCCGUUCUAAAUGCCAUUUUGAACAGACCGAAAAUGGUACAAAGGCGAGAAAAACCAUUAGGUUUUGAUACACCGUCACCCAAACCGGAACCGGAUGUCGACACCUAUGACAACGAAUAUUCUGAGCAAACUCGGCCUCACAAAAGGAGCUUUGUUCUGCCCCCAGUCAAGGCUACUCGGCUGUUCUCGCCGUCUAAAUCCAAACGGCGAGAAAUCAACACAGUUGUUCCGAUGGAGCGCGCGUAUACAGUUAUUUAACGAGUUAUUUAUGUUUAGUAUGCUAUGCCAGUUGAUGUCUAAGAACUGAUUUGGCAGAGCUUUCGAUAGAAAAUUAAACUUUAAAAAUAUAUAGCUAUCGCACGUUCGACUUAAUUAAAUAAUUUUUAACAUAGUGUGUUUUUCAAACGUUCGUAACACUUAAAUGCCCAUACUAAUGCCUGGUACGGCAGUACUUGAAUGAUAGGCAGGAGGAAAAUGGCAUUGGACAUAAAUUAAUGACCAAUCAAUUUCCAGUUAUGAUGCCGGGUCCCGAACCCGACCUGCUAUCCUCUGACAUGUAGCACUAAAAUUAGAGCUUACCGACCCGGAGCGACAAAUAACACCACGGACCGUAGGCGGCGGGCACUACAGAAAGAACGCCCUGCUUUUAUUUAUAUCUUGUACUGUAUUAAUAUAAUGUUGCAUUAUCGUUUUGUAAAACAAGAAACGGUAAAGUGUAUGUGAAAUGAACCUUAGCUCUCUUUUGUUUUUAACAGAGAAAACUCACAAAAUAUACAACAGUCGACAAACCUAAAUGUUAAAGGGACUGUUAACCACGACGUCGAAGAAAAGAAAAGUUGCAAAAUACCGUAUUUUUUACAAUU